AUGCAGCAUACAGACAACAAAACACUCAUCGCAUUGAAGUCAGGCUUCACAGUCGACAUCGUGAAUGCCGACACCAAGAAACCAUACGUCCGCAAUAUUCCUCUUCGCAUGCUAUGGCAUUUCUGUGGCGCCUCCGUCCUCGAUCGCUUUAUACCAGACAGGGACGGGCGCCCUGAUCUGUUAAAGAUACCCGUUAAAGAAGCCGAGAAAUCUGGAGUCGCAAGAGUAAUGCGAUACAUGCGUCGCGCGUGCAAAGCAGCUAGCGUGCGGCCCACGGGUGAGCUGCGCGUACCACCCAGUCUGGCCGCUGGUAUCGAGACCAUCCGCGCAUGCCGUGUAUUUGGUUUGCACGCUGAUGCCGACCGGCUCGAAGACGUGAUGAUCGACGAGUGGAUAGGCAACGAAGCGUGGUAUAUGACCGACGAGCAUGUCGAGCUGAUCUGGGAUGGAUAUCACGGUAGUCUUCGCGAUACCGUUUUCGGGGAUGUGAUAGUCUGGUUUGUAUUAACAGAAGUGCAAGAUAAGUCGCAUCCUCUCGCUGAGGAGAUACGGUGGAUGCUGGAGCAAGACGAGUACGAGACGUUGAAGGCAAGGGUUACGGACGAGUUGGGAGAGGGCGGAGCGGAUGCGCAAGGAGGAGGAGCGUACUGA